CCCUCUCCUCUCCCCCUAGCCCGCGAGCCAGCUUCACAUUGCCAUGUUGGCUCGGUCGGCUCUGCGUUCGGCGCGCUCUGUCGGCGCCGCAGCCCGCAAUGCUGCCAGCAAAACAGCUUCGCGCUCUGCCUCGACGUCCAGCUCAACAGCCGAGGGAGCCGCCUCAUCCUGGAAGACGAACGCUCUGCCGGCAGGCGCCACGGCUUUCGCGGUCGGAACGGUUGCCUGGUACUGUCAUCUCUAUGGACGCAAUGUCGAUGCCAUGACGCCGGCGGAAGAGGGUCUGCAUCCGACCCAGUAUCCCUGGGAGCAUGCGAAAUGGUACAAGACGUUCGAUCAUCAAUCCCUCCGCCGUGGCUUCCAGGUCUACCGCGAAGUCUGCGCAUCCUGCCACUCCCUCGCCCGUGUUCCGUACCGCACGCUCGUCGGUACCAUUAUGACGGUCGAUGAGGCCAAGGCCCUUGCCGAGGAGAACGAAUACGACACCGAGCCCAACGACGAGGGCGAGAUUGAGAAGCGCCCCGGGAAACUGUCCGACUAUCUUCCAUCGCCGUACAAGAACGACGAGGCCGCCCGCGCCGCAAACAACGGUGCUCUGCCCCCGGAUCUAUCGCUCAUAGUCAAGGCGCGACACGGUGGCUGCGAUUACAUCUUCAGCUUGUUGACGGGUUAUCCAGAGGAGCCGCCAGCAGGUGCAGUCGUGCAGGAAGGCCUGAACUUCAAUCCCUACUUUCCCGGCACCGGAAUCGCCAUGGCCCGCGUCCUUUACGAUGACCUUGUCGAGUAUGAGGACGGAACAAAGGCGACGAGCUCUCAGAUGGCCAAGGACGUUGUGGAGUUCCUGAACUGGGCUGCUGAGCCGGAGAUGGAUGACCGGAAGCUGAUGGGCUGGAAGGUGCUGGCUGUCACGAGCGUGCUGUUUGCGAUCAGCGUGUGGGUGAAGAGGUACAAAUGGGCUCCGAUCAAGUCGAGAAAGGUCGUCUACAACCCGCCAAUCCAGAGUAGCAACAUUCUUAGCAAGCUACCAAAGCCAGACAAGAAGUCAUAAGCGAGGGGAACCCUGCAUUGGGAGGUUUGGGCAAUAGCGGGGUGUGUUUUAUACUUGUACAGUGUCAGCUACUUGAUCAAAACGAGACUUAAGAUUUCCUUGACAUGUGAAGCUGGUAUAGAUGUUUUCCUUUCCGUGCGUGUCUCCUGCUGAUGUAGUGUAUCGUCAAUGCAGUUUUCGCUGUUUUUCCUCUUUCACAGCAGCACGUAUAUCUUUCAUCCUCCUUUUCUGUUUCAAGUGCCCUUCUCGCAGAUGAUAAGUUCAUAUGUAGGUACGCGUCUCACACCUGGCAUCUAUCAG